AUGCGUCUGGGUCUGCUUGGAAAGAGUAAACUGGGAUUUGUCAAUGGUAAACAUCCUAGAGAAUUUUUUCCUCAUGCACUCCACGAUCUAUGGGAGAAAUGUAAUGCCAUAGUUCUCUCGUGGAUCAUCAAUUCUAUCAGAAAGGAUCUCUUGAGCAGUGUCAUCUAUGUCUCUAAUGCUUCAAAGGUAUGGACAGAUAUGAAAGAACGUUUUGAUAAAGUUAAUGGAUUGGGAAUUCAUUUUCUUCAUAAGGAAAUUCAUACAAUGUCUCAGGGCACUACCACUGUAUCUGGAUAUUUUUCUAGAUUACGAGAGUGUUGGGAUGAGUUUGAUGCAAUAAUGUCAUGUCCAGGAUGCAAUUGUCCAAAAUCAAAGGCUUAUGUGCAUCAUUUUGACUAUCAGAGGUUACUUCAAUUUUUGACUGGUCUAAAUGACUCCUAUGCUCAGAGUCGUAGUCAAAUCCUUAUGAUGACUCCUACACCCUCUAUCAAUCAAGCCUAUUCCAUGUUGAUUUCAGAGAAGAGUCAAAGAUCAUUGGGGAAGACUUCUCAGUUUACUGCUGAAGUGAGUGAUGGUGUUGUGUUCUACAACAACAAAAGUAAUUUCAAACCUGGAUCAGGUUCGAGUUCUACAUCAUAUAGGUCUGCAUAUAAUGAAAGUACUUCUAACUCUGGAGCUGGAUAUAAUUACAAUGGAUAUAUUUAUAAUAGAGGUGGAGGUGGUGGCUCCAUCUCAGGUGUGUCGACUAAUUCUGAUUUUGGUUAUAAACUGCAUGGUUAUCCAACAAAUUUCAAGCAUAAUUCCAAGAAGAAGUUUAGUCCAACAUCAGGGGGAGGAGGUGAUGCACAUUAUGCUGCUGGAGAAUAUGGAUCCUCUGAUCCUAGCAAUUCAGUAAGCAUCUCUACCAACAGGGGAUUACCAAAUGUUGCAGGUCAGCCUGGUGAUAGUUCAGCGCAGGUGAUGAAUUCUUAUCAUCAGCAUGGUCCAAAUGCAAGUGGACCUUACUUCAUACCUGAACAAUAUCAUCAACUCAUUCAUCUGAUUGACCAAGGAAAUGAUAACAAUGGUACAACUCUCUAUCAGCAGUCUGAUUCUGACAAUAAAGAUCUCUACAAGUCUAGUUGCUGUUAUUUUCUAAUUAGAAAACAGAAGAAUAGUUUAGGCCUAGCUCUCUGGCAUAAGAGGUUAUGUCAUGCUCUUAUAGACACAUUAAAGAAGCUGAAAUGUCUUGAUGUUCUGUGUAUGACUGAUUCUGAUUCUGAACAUUGUACUGUUUCCAAAUUAUUAAGAGAUUUGGGAAUUAUACAUCAAAGUUCUUGUGUCUAUACACUCCAACAAAAUGGGGUGGUUGAGAGAAAGCAUCGAUAUAUCUUGGAUACUACUAGAGCUAUAAGGUUUCAGGCUAAUGUUCAUCUCAAGUUCUGGGGAGAAUGUGUCAGUACUGUUGUUUAUCUUAUCAAUAGGUUGCCCUUUUUCGGUAAGGUUCCCUUUGAAGCUCUUCAUGGGCAUAUUCCUGAUCUCAAUCACUUGAGAGUCUUUGGUUGUUUGGGCUAUGUUACUUGCCUUAGAAAGUCAGAUAAAUUCUCUCCUAGAGCAGCCCCUGCAAUUUUUCUUGGUUAUUCCCUCACUCAGAAAGGGUAUUUAAUGUUCAACCUUCAUACAGACUCAUUUAUAGUGAGCAGGGAUGUGGUAUUCAAAGAGGAUGUAUUCCCUUUUCAACACCCCUUGCAGCAGUGCUCUCCUAUGUUUAGUAUUACUCAGGCUCCAGAACACUAUCAUUCAUCUUAG